AUGUUCAAUAGGAGGUUGCUUCGACAUGUGAGGUAUGCCUUUCAACAAGUUAGAAGUAAUCAUUCAUUACAAGAGAGGAUCGAUGCCAUUCCAAUUGAAAGAUAUCGUAACUUUUCUAUAGUGGCUCAUGUUGAUCAUGGUAAAUCUACACUCAGUGACAGACUCUUAGAGCUCACUAACGUGAUUAAGCCAGGUGGUAAGCAAGUUUUAGAUAAGCUUGAGGUGGAAAGAGAGCGAGGGAUUACAAUCAAAGCACAGACAUGCUCCAUGUUUUACCAGGAUCCUAGAACGAAAUUGGACUAUCUCUUACAUUUAGUGGAUACACCGGGCCAUGUGGAUUUUCGUGCUGAAGUUUCAAGAUCGUAUGCAUCGUGUGGUGGCGCUUUGUUACUCGUUGACGCUUCCCAAGGUGUUCAAGCACAGACAGUCGCAAACUUUUACCUCGCUUAUAGUAUGGAUUUGAAACUUAUUCCUGUCAUAAACAAGAUUGACUUGGACAUUGCUGACAUUGACCAAGCAGAAGAACAGGUUGAAAAUAUGUUCGAGCUACCUAAGUCAGAUUGUAUCAAAGUUAGUGCUAAAACUGGAUUGCACGUCGAGCAAUUGUUACCCGCUAUUGUUGAUAGAAUACCUCCUCCGACCGGUAAAGUUGAGAAACCAUUACGUGCAUUAUUGGUGGAUUCGUGGUAUGACUCUUAUUUAGGAGUGGUGCUUCUUGUACAUAUAGUUGAUGGUCAAGUGAAAAGAGGAGAUAAAAUCAUCACUGCCGCAAAUGGAUUGAAGUAUGAAGUGAGGGAAUGCGGUAUAAUGUACCCAGAUCGUGUCGCUACUAACACACUGAAAUCAGGUCAAGUCGGGUAUUUGGUACCUGGCAUGAAAGAAUCUAAGGAUGCCAAGAUUGGUGAUACUUUGAUGCAUCUCGGUAAAGAAUCGAUUACUGAAGUGUUACCAGGAUUUGAAGAACCAAAACCCAUGGUCUUCGUAGGAGCUUUCCCUGCUGAUGGGGCCGAAUUCAAAGCGUUAGACGAUGAUAUUAGUAGACUCGUCUUAAAUGAUAGAUCAGUGUCCCUCCAAAGAGAAACGUCAAAUGCACUAGGCCAAGGUUGGAGAUUAGGAUUUUUAGGAUCUCUUCACGCAUCUGUUUUCACGGAGAGGUUAGAGAAAGAGUAUGGAUCCAAGCUUAUCUUAACGCAACCUACUGUACCAUUCCUAAUUAAGUUCAAAGAUGGCGAGAAGAAAAUUAUAACAAAUCCUGAUGACUUCCCCGACCUUUCCUUACGGAGAUCAAAUCUCGAGUCUCUUGAAGAGCCAUUCGUCGAAGCUAUCAUGACAUUACCCCAGGAAUAUCUCGGUAAAGUAAUACAAUUAUGUGAUGACAGCCAUGGAGUCCAGAAAGAGAUUACAUACUUGAACAUGACUGGCCAGGUGAUGCUAAGGUAUGAGCUACCGCUCUCUUACUUAGUGGACGAUUUUUUCGGGAAAUUAAAAUCUGUUUCCAGAGGGUAUGCUUCUCUCGAUUAUGAAGAUGUAGGAUACAAACAAAGCGAUAUAGUGAAGCUAGAGCUUCUUGUUAAUGGUAAAAGUGUGGAUGCUCUUGCACAAGUUAUGCACAGAGAUCAAACAGAGCAUAUCGGUAAGGAAUGGGUAAAAAAAUUCAAAAAGUUCAUAAAAUCUCAAUUGUUCGAAGUGGUCAUUCAAGCCAGAGCCAAUAAUAAAAUCAUUGCAAGAGAGACAAUAAAAGCUAAGAGAAAGGAUGUUUUAUCCAAGCUUCAUGCAAGUGACAUUUCACGUAGGAAAAAGCUUUUAUCUAAACAAAAACAAGGGAAAAAGAACAUGAAAACUGUCGGUAACAUCCAGAUCAAUCAAGACGCUUUUCAAUCCUUUUUACGUCGUUGA